AUGGAGAACGGGAAACCUCUGGUCCUUAAGAUGGACGAUUCGCAUCGCCUCCCUCUGGAAAAGUAUCCCAGCCCAGCAGCUAAUGGCAACAAGGAAAGCUCUCAUUCAGAUUCCGACAGGGACAUGACAGCUACCUUCCAAAAUGACAUUUACCCCUGUGUCUCCUUUCUCCAGGUGGAAAUCAGCCUUCAGAGCAGCUUGCAGCCUGGUAUGAAACUCGAGGUGGCCAACAAGCACAAUGCGGACACCUAUUGGGUGGCCACUACCAUCACCACGUGCGGCCAGCUGCUGCUGUUGCGUUACUGCGGUUACGAAGAUGAUCGCCAUGCUGACUUCUGGUGCGAUGUGAUGACCGCCGACCUCCACCCUGUGGGCUGGUGCACGCAGAACGGGAAAGCGUUGAUGCCCCCAGACACUAUCAAAGAGAAAUACUCGGAUUGGACGGAGUUCCUCAUACGUGAUUUGACGGGCUCACGAACAGUACCAGCAAAUUUACUAGAAGGCCCUCUGCGAGGGAAAAACGCUGUGGACCUCAUUGCCCUGGAUUCCUUAAUAGAGCUGCAGGGUGGACAGAGUCCCUUUCAGUUCUGGAUAGUGAGCGUGGUUGAGAAUGUCGGCGGAAGAUUGCGCCUUCGCUAUGCAGGGUUGGAGGAAACUGACUCUUACGACCAGUGGCUUUUCUACUUGGAUUGUAGACUUCGACCGGUGGGCUGGUGUCAAGAGAAUAAAUACCAGCUGGAACCACCUGCAGAAAUCUCUUCUCUGAAGAUUGCAUCUGAGUGGCGGACAGCACUAAACACGGCCCUGGCCGAGGCAGAAAAACGAUCCCUUCCCAUGGAAGUCUUUAAGGAUCAUGCUGAUUUGAGGAACCACUCAUUCACGGCAGGGAUGAAGUUGGAAGCAGUGGAUCAACGAGAACCAGCCGCGAUUUGCCCGGCUACUAUAACUAAGGUUUUCAGCCACCAUUUCGUGCAAGUCACUCUGGACGAUCUCCGUCCUGAACCAUGCAGCACGUCAAGGCUCUGCCAUGCCGAUUCCUUGGGCCUCCUGCCAGUGCAGUGGUGCCUUAAAAAUGGAGUUCAUCUCACCCCUCCCAAAGGUUAUUCUAAUCCGGAUUUCGACUGGGCGGAUUACCAGAAGCAGUGCGGAGCGGAGGCAGCUCCUGAGGGCUUCUUCAAAAAUGCUUCCUGUAGUCGAGCUUUUAUGAAAAACAUGAUGCUGGAAGCAGCGAACCCCCAGAAUCCGGCUGAGAUCUGCAUGGCGUCUGUUAAUUCCGUAAAAGGCCGGCUAAUGUGGCUCUCUUUUGAAGGUCUUCCUCACGUACCUCCUUCCGAAUAUAUAGUCGAUGUGGAAUCAAUGGACAUCUUCCCUGUGGGCUGGUGUGAAGCAAAUGGUUACAAACUCUGGGCACCGCAUAAAAACACCGCGCACAGGAAGAGAAAGAUUGCAAUCGUCCAACCGGAAAAGCAGUUACCAGCGGAAGUGCCUAUUGUGAAAAUUCACAAUCCUCACUGCAUUCCCCAGAUCGGCGUGAUGGGAACCAUCAAUGGGAGAUACAACUGCCCCGUCCUCUUCAUCAACCAUCGCUGUUUCUCAGGCCCACAUCUCAACAAAGGCAGAUUGGCAGACCUACCGCGAUCUGUUGGGCCCGGGAAAUGCAUCCUGGUUCUUAAAGAGAUUCUUCGCAUGGUGAUCAACUCUGCCUACAAACCCGGAAGCAUUUUACGAGAGUUGCAACGUGUCAGUGACCCCAGGUGGAACUUUCAGGAAGAGAAUCUCAAAGCAAAAUACCGUGGGAAAACGUACCGGGCAAUGGUCAAGAUAGUUCGUACAUCUGACCAAGUCUCCAAUUUCUGCCGGAAGGUGUGCGCAAAACUGGAAUGCUGCCCCAAUUUAUUCGGCCCUAUUUUGGUCACCGAAAAUUGCCCUGAAAACUGUUCCCGUCACACCAAAACAAAAUACGCAUACUACUGUGGAAAACGUAGGAAAGUCAUUAAGCCUUCCCCUAGCGAAGAAAACCCUUACAGCUUGGAGAGCAGACACAAGAUAUGGUCGGAUUACAGUAAGAUGCAGAAACCAGGUUUUACACCAAAGAAAAGGUGUCUCCCGUCAGCAGAUCAGAAUGGAGCAAGAUCAUCAGAGGAGAGUGACGAGGAAGAAGCCGACACCCCGUGGAGUGAGGAAACCAGCCCAGAACUGCAGGAUGAUCUAACGGACGUCUCUUUAGAGGACAUUCCUCUGGCCAUACCAAUGACCACAAUGAAGUUACGCAGCAGAAGAGGCUCCAUCCAUGUGGCUCGGCCUGAGCGGGACAGGCAAGCCCAGAAGGCACUUUCCUUCCUGCGUGUCAAAAGUGAGAGAACCAGGCAGAUCAAGGAGGCUGCAGAAGAUAAGCUCAUCCUGGAGAGCAACCCGUUGGAAUGGACGGUGCUCGAUGUGGUGCAAUUCCUCCGAUUGACCGACUGUGCUCCCCUUGCCAAAAUCUUUCAGGAACAGGAUAUUGAUGGACAAGCCCUUCUCCUGCUGACGCUCCCAACCGUCCAGGAAUGCAUGGAAUUGAAGCUUGGCCCAGCCAUCAAACUGUGCCACCAGAUUGAACGGGUGAAGCUGGCUUUUUAUGCACAAUAUGCCAACUGACAACUACCCUCCGCAGAUUUUCUGUCUCUGCUUUCUUACUUUUUUAGGGCCUUGCCUGCAAUUCCCUUUUUCCUCAGUGCUUGGUAUUUGGAAACAUGGACCCCUCUGUGCAUGCAUAGAAGUGCCCACACAAUGAACCAAAUUAAGAUCCUGAGCUGAAGCCGGAAAUAUUUUAAGGUGAUAGGCACCCAUAAACGAUCAAGAAGUGAUACAGGCACACCACCCGCUCUGAAGAAAAGAAAAGUUUGAAAUUCACCAAAGCUUGGGAGAUUAACUCGUGCUUCAGGUUAUCAGUCAUCCUGACCUCAAAAAAACAACAUUGGCAUUUUCACUCAACGUAUGUGUCAGGAUUCCGGAA